AUGCAGGGAUGUACUGUAGUACCAGAGGAUAUGAAUAAAGUAUUGAAUAAAUGGUUAGUUGGUAAAAAGUCAUCAGAUUCAGCGUUAUAUUCCGAGCAAUGGCAUCAUCAGUUCACAUCACGCCCAACUUGGUGUGACGCGGAUAUGUCACUGCAACAAAUCAAUCAAGGUAUAGCUACGGGUAAUCGCCUUGCACUUUACGUGCGUUCCUUUUUUCAGUCUUUACUUUUCACUUUGGGGACAUUUGUGCAAAAUUGGGCUUGGUAUGUAGUUGUCACAGGCUUAAGCUUGUAUUUCAUUUGUACGCUGGGACUCCAGUAUAUGCAUAUAGAAACCGACCUGAUGAAACUAUGGGUUGAAGAAGGUGGACGUCUAAACGAAGAAUUACAUUUUUUGCAAAGAAUUCAACAAGAUGAAAGCUAUCGCUUGAAGCGGUCAGCUAAAAUUGACAAUUCAACUGUCAACGAACCCUCCGUGUCUAUAAAUGAAAUCGAAGAUGGAACAAGUUUUAAUAUGAAUCGAGAGAAUGCUUUUGAUAACCGUUUCCAGGUCCUCAUACAAACUCCAGCAGUAAUAGGGACCAACGCUUUAACUAAGGAAUCUUUACUUAAGCACGUACAAAUUAUGGAAGAAAUCGCACAUUUUCAAGUAGAAAUGUAUGGCGAAAACUGGACUUUAUCUGAUAUAUGUUUCAAGCCACCUUCUCCACAUUUGCCUCAAGGACCAUUUGCCAAAUUAAUGACAAAAAUCUUAGAUCGAUUGAUCCCAUGCAUUUGGAUCACACCAAUUGAUUGCUUUUGGGAAGGAUCAAAACCUUUGGGGCCUUCACCACCCCUCAAAUUAGGAUCAGAUAUUCAAGCAUUUAUCAGUUCUCUACCGAAAGGCAAUAUAACGUGGAAAAAUUUGGAUCCAUUAGCAGUAUUGAAAGAAACUGCGAUGCUUUUCGACCUCGGGACAAUUUUUAAUCUCUUCGAACGGACCGGAAUUGGAUCAGCUUAUUUGGACCGUUGGUGUAUUGACCCGCUAGAUCCAGAAUGUCCACCAACUACACCAAAUGCUUUCAAUCGCUGUGCUGCAUUCAAAAAAUUCCAUUCCUGGAAUAUGGCCAAACCAGAAAAUCAACGGAUCCAUCUCGAACCAAUGGAUAUAGUAGAAGAUUCAUCAGAAGCAGACGAAUCUGCUUCACAAAUACUUGACAAUCUUUUCGGUAUGUUUUCUAAGUGCAAAGUAACUAAUCUCAAUAUUGGUUUUGCGCAUGCAAAGCUGCGACAUGCACGAACAGAUCUGUAG